CCCAGCUUUUUGCGACCUCCUCCGCGCCACAGCAGCCAGCAGCAGGCCUCACGAUCAAGCAGCACACGCCUACAUACCCAGCGCACAGAAUUGGUUGCGAAGGGACCGCUCAAAAUAAGCCGCAACGCUAAAAACGCUGUGCACAGCAGGAUGCCAGCAGCGCCCGACGUGCCAGCCCACGAGCUGACCGAAGACAAAGUUUUAAGGAUAAAGUACGCGGACCGCUGGACCAUUGCUUGGAAAUGUGUCCUUGACGACAACAACAACGUGACCGACCUACUACCGGCGAGGAACGGCCUGCCCGACGGGGACCAGGCGCCGUACACGACCUACCCGCUGGCGAGCUUCCCGAGCUUAUUGGGUCAAACAGGGAGCGCACCACUGUCCGACGUCGCGGCCGACGCCGUAAGAGCAUUUCACGCGCGACAGCUCGAGCGUGCCGGCGACGACAUACAAGCUCUCGAGCGGCGGGGCGUGCUGCGCGGCGUCGUCGUCAGCAGCCACCGGACCGAGGUGGUCUGCGACGUGGAGAGCGGUGAAGAGCGGCCGAUCGCUGCGCUGACCUUCAACGGCCAGGACUGGCGAGGCUCCCUAGAGAACCUCGACCACGCGAGGCGCCUGCCUCUGACGCGGGAGAGCGCUCUCCAAGCGGCGCGGUUGCCAGCGCCCACCGCCGACGAGUGGCUCAGUAAAGCACGACACGCGUUGACCGACGGGCGGGAGAGGCGCAAGGCGUUGUGCCGGGCGUUCGCUGACAAGCAUGUGGUCGCCGAGGUGGACACCGACGAUUUUGCCCGGUGCCACGUACUCCUGAGGCGGAGAGUCGAUCGGACGCUCAUCUCGUGCUUGCUGCGGGUAGAGUUCUCGGCCGAUUUCCCGGCGCGGCCGCCGACGCUUUACCUCAGGGAAUAUGGCGGCAAGAAGGACCACCGCCUGGACCCGUCGUUAUACAGGUAUUCUCCUCGUUGGGACGUGGAGCGCAUGUCACAAGAACUACGAGACCAUGCCUAUGGAAUGGUGGUGGCCACGCUCUGCCAGCCCGCGGGCACGCUGAACACGUUUUGAACGCCAACGACGCGACUAAGUACUGUGUGUGAGU